CCGGCCCCUCGGAGGGAGCCAGCCCAGCCGCAGCCGCCGCCACCGCCGCCGCCGGGGCCGGGCCCCCUCGCCGCUGCCCCGGGAAGGAGGUCUCGGCGCGGAAGAUGGCCGGCGGCGUGGACGGCCCCAUCGGGAUCCCGUUCCCCGACCACAGCAGCGACAUCCUGAGCGGGCUGAACGAGCAGCGGACGCAGGGCCUGCUGUGCGACGUGGUGAUCCUGGUGGAGGGCCGCGAGUUCCCCACGCACCGCUCGGUGCUGGCCGCCUGCAGCCAGUACUUCAAGAAGCUGUUCACGUCGGGGGCCGUGGUGGACCAGCAGAACGUGUACGAGAUCGACUUCGUCAGCGCCGAGGCGCUCACCGCCCUGGUGGACUUUGCCUACACGGCCACGCUCACCGUCAGCACCGCCAACGUGGGCGACAUCCUCAGCGCCGCCCGCCUGCUGGAGAUCCCCGCUGUCAGCCACGUCUGCGCCGACCUGCUGGACCGGCAGAUCCUGGCCGCCGAGCCGGGCGCCGCCGCCGGCCAGCUGGACCUGGUCGAGCAGAUCGACCAGCGCAACCUCCUGCGCGCCAAGGAGUACCUCGAGUUCUUCCAGAGCAACCCCAUCAACAGCCUGCCCCCCGCGGCCGCGGCCGCGGCGGCCGCCUUCCCCUGGUCGGCCUUCGGCGCCUCCGACGAUGACCUGGACCCCACCAAGGAGGCCGUGGCGGCCGCCGUGGCUGCCGUGACCGCCGGCGACUGCAACGGCUUGGACUUCUACGGGCCGGGCCCCCCGGGGGAGCGGCCCCCCGCAGGUGAGGGCGACGAGGGUGACAGCAACCCGGGCCUGUGGCCGGAGCGGGACGAGGACACGGCGGCCAGCGCCGCCGCUGGGGGCCUGUUCCCCGCGCCGGCCGCCACCCAGAACGGCCACUACGGCCGGGCCGGGGAGGAGGAGGCGGCCUCGCUGUCGGAGGCGGCCCCGGAGCCGGGCGACUCCCCGGGCUUCCACUCGGGCGCCGCCGAGGGCGAGGACGGGGACGGGCCGGACGUGGACGGGCUGGCGGCCAGCACGCUGCUGCAGCAGGUGAUGUCGUCGGUGGGCCGGGCGGGGGCGGCGGCGGCGGGGGCCGCGGACAGCGACGAGGAGUCGAGGGCGGAGGACAAGGGCGUCAUGGACUACUACCUGAAGUACUUCAGCGGCGCCCACGACGGUGACGUCUACCCGGCCUGGUCGCAGAAGGUGGAGAAGAAGAUCCGGGCCAAGGCCUUCCAGAAGUGCCCCAUCUGCGAGAAGGUCAUCCAGGGCGCCGGCAAACUGCCGCGGCACAUCCGGACCCACACGGGCGAGAAGCCCUACGAGUGCAACAUUUGCAAGGUCCGCUUCACCAGGCAGGACAAGCUCAAGGUGCACAUGCGGAAGCACACAGGCGAGAAGCCCUACCUGUGCCAGCAGUGCGGCGCGGCCUUCGCCCACAACUACGACCUGAAGAACCACAUGCGCGUGCACACGGGCCUGCGCCCCUACCAGUGCGACAGCUGCUGCAAGACCUUCGUGCGCUCCGACCACCUGCACAGACACCUCAAGAAGGACGGCUGCAACGGGGUGCCCUCACGCCGCGGCCGCAAGCCCCGUGUGCGGGGCGGGGGGCUGGGAGCGGGCGGCGGGCCUGACCCGGCCACCACGGGGGGCCCCGCGCCGCCCGGCACCCCCGCGCCGCCCGGCUCCCCCGACGCCAGGCGCAACGGCCAGGAGAAGCACUUUAAGGACGAGGAGGAGGACGAGGACGAGGUGGGCCCCGAUGGCUUGGGCCAGUUGAAUGUAGCAGGUCCCGGCGGCGGUGGAGGCGGCAGCGGUGGGGGAGCCGCUGACGGUAACUUCACGGCCGGACUCGCCUAAAAACCAAAAACAAAAAAAGAGAAACCAGAAACCCGAGAGAGAGAAAAAAAAAAUCACCAACCACCCCCCGAAAAACACAAAAAAAGAAAAUCUAUAUACAGAUAUCUAUAUCUAUAUAUAUAUAUACAGAUAUAUAUAUAUGAAGCCUCACAGAUUUUAGGAUAGUGCUUUUCUUAGAUUUUUCUCCUUCCUGAUGUUUUCUCCUUAAACAGGGACCCUCUCGCUCCUGGUCCCCUCCUGCCACCCUGUUGCUGGGUUUCGGGGCCUGGUUUGGGGGUGUUAUGGGACGUGACACAAGGGUUUCCAGCCCCGCAGGCACCCGGCCUGGGGCCUGGGUCCCCAUCUGUGGCCUGCCCCAUCCCGGGCCCUGGGCUGGGGUGAGGGUGGGCCCCAUGGGGGGCCUGAGAUUGGGGUGAGCUCUUCUUUUCCUCCGCUCGCUGGUUUCUAUGAGUCUUUUAGACAAGACCUUAAAAAUGCUUUCUGUCCGCUGUGAGUGGACGUUAAAAUGGCCCCUGUCCCCGACCCCCCACCCUCCUUCCUCAGGGCACUUAUUAAGGGGGGGGUCUCCCCCCGCGAUCUCCCGAACGGCCUCCCCACUUCCCCAUCCUGCCUCUGGCUCCCCAUUCCCCAGAUCUCCCAACCACCGAGACACAAAUCUAUUUAUUUCCCAGCUUGGAAAAAAGGGGAUAAGACUGGGGUGGGGGGGGCCGCCAGGAUGGCUCCCCCAGGGAUCCUGCCGCCUCCAUUCACGGCACUUACAACCCGGCAGGACCCCUGGAGACCAGCCCCCCCGGGGCGGCACCUCCAACCCAGUUCACCUGGGUCCCCCCUCAACGAGACGUUUGAAAAUUCAACACUUAGGUCUUCUCCCUAUCCCGUAGCCCUCUCCCGAUUUUUAAAAGCACUUUUUAGAUUUUUUUCUUUUCCUCCUUAAAAAUGAAAUUUAUAUAUAGAUAUAUAUAUAUAAUAUACUUUUCCUCAGAGGAGCAGACAGCAGGGUGGGGUGAGUGUAGCUGAGCGGAGGGAACCUACCUAGGGUCUCGGAUAUGGCAGGAAUGGGCCACGGGAGAGGACGGGAGAAGAGUCUAGAAGUUCCAAUGCCACAAAAGCAAUAAAAAACAAGAUUUUAUAAAAUGAAAGGAAAAAAAAACAAAAAAAAAAGACAACCAACCACAUUUGAAGUCUUGGCACUUUGUCACAGAACGGGUACUACUACACUUUAUCUUAAUUCUUAAUUUAAAAACAUGUUUACAAGUUGCAACCAACUUAUAUGAAAAGUUGAAAAGACAAAAAAAAAAAAGAGUGAGAGAGAGAGCGAGCAAAAGAAAUUCCUAAAAGUCGAUUUAUUUUUGUACAAAAUAAUAAAAAAAAAACCCACCACAAACGUAGAAUCCACUUCUGUUCCCCAAGGCAAGGGGCGGGGGUCAGGUAGGCUUUGGGAAGGGCCCGGAAAAAUCUUCUGAGGUAUUUGUAUUUCACCGUGGAAGCUUGCAUUUAAGGCAGGACUGUGGGGUUUUUGUGUUUGUUCUGUGUUCUCCCCGCUCUCCCAUUCUGUUCCCGCCCCCCCCUUUCUUUUUUUUUUUGUUCCCUCCUGACGUGGAGCGGUCUCAUCCCGUUAGCCAUACCAGUGGCCAUCUAUGUCGAUAGGGAUCCUCCUUACUUAAUUCCCUAGCUCAGGGAUGGGCCCGAGAGAGGGCUGGCCUUCCAACCAGCCAGAGCAAUCCAAUCCGCACCCACCCUUCGCCCUCUAUCCUCCCUGCUCCUCCUUCCUCUUGCCCACUAUUGGGCUUUCUUCCAACAUGGCUGCCCUUUCAUGUGGCCACCAAGGAGCUGCCAUCUUGGAUGCGCCAUUCCCAUCGAGGUGGGCCACAGAGGGAGCCCCAUCUCCAGGGCCUUACACCCCCCCCACUCCAGCACCCCUCUUUUUACUCAAAGGCACUGACUGUACUCUGGGGGCUGGUACCUGCCUCCCCCCAACCUCUGGCUCCCAAAAGGCCCGGCAUUGACCGAGCCUCAGGCCACGGACAGGGGCCAGGGUUGGGGAGGUGAUGUUUCCAGAAGCCAGGGCGCCCUCACCCCGUCUCCCUCUUGCAUAUGCAAAUCCUAACUUGGGACCCUGUAAAUAGACACUCUGCUAAACUGAGACAUUCUUGUCAAAACCCAAAGGGGGGUGUCUCUGCUCCCCGCCUCAGCCGCCGGCCCGUCUCCCUGUACCCAGUGCGUUGUCUCCGUCUAUUUUUUUUUUUUUUCUUUUUUUAAAGGGAAGCUUUUUAAGAAGGCAAUUUUCAUCACCGUUUCUACAGAAUAGUUUUCUUUCCAUCUCCUGAGCCCAUCAGCCGCCCCCCGCCCCAAAUGUCUCAGGAUCCCCCCUCUGGGUCCAGGGGAGGGGGCAGGCCCAGGGCCGGGUGGUGGAGGGCUGCUGUGUUCACACCUGAAAGUCUUGGGGCGAGCUAUUUUGGAGAACCAUCUCUGGAGGCUGAACAGGGAGCCCAGUGCUCGGGCCGGAGGCUGGGCCGAGACCCCCUCGCCGCCUCCCCCCAACUCCCAGAGAGGUUCCCUGAGGGGAGAGCCCUCUUCCCCCCUCCCACGCACCCCUUCGCAAUAAAACCAGUUGAAAAUCACAGAUGUCGUCCUGGCCAGUGGGGGCGACCGGACUUGGGGGAUGGAGCCCUCUGGGACUGUGGUAGAAACCAGGGCCACAACCUCCCAGGCAACACUUUAACACAAACCUCCUCGGGAAUUGCACUAAACCCUUGCCCCCAGCUCCGCGCUCGCUUCCGCCAGUCCCAACCCCACUCUGCCUUAACCUCUCUCCUGCGGGCUGUCCGAGAGGCUGCAGCCUCUGCAUGGGCCCAGAGCCGGGACCCCCUGCCCUCCCGCCUCACCCCCCGCCCCAACUCCGCGCAAUCACAUACUGUAUAUAGAUGUGGAUCGAUUUUAUUUUUAUUCUUUAAAUUAAGGUCGUGAUAAAGUGUUGCCAAAGAUACUGCUGAAUUCUCGCGUUUCAGGAAACAAACAAACAAAAAAAAAAAAAACGGAGGAGGGACGGGCUGACUCGUCAGAAAGGACAAAGCAGAAGGUUUUUUGUUUGGUUGUUUUUUUUUUUUAUGUUUUCUUUUUUUUUGGGGUGUUUUUUUUUUCUUUUUAACUGCCUGGUACAAAAAAAAAAAAAGAAAGAAAAAAACAAGCAAAAUUGUUAUUUCCAUCAUCGUGAUGAACUUGCGUGGAUGUGUGUGUGUGCGCGCGUGUGAACAUGAGGGUGAGCCAGGCCCCCUGGCUUAAGGCAGGGGCUCCGGGGGGUGUCUCUGGGGCAGGCAGAUAGAGAGGGGCCGGAGCCCUCGUCUGCAGUGGUGGUCAGCCUGAGGGGCCCAGGAGAAAGAGCAACAUUCUUGCUUUAGAUGCUGCUGGCCCUUGCCUAGCCACCCCCCUCCCCCCACCUUUUGAGAGUAAGGGAUAAAAAAAAAAAGCAAAAAAAAAAAAAAAAUUGUUACAACUAGUGAAUGUAAAAUGCUGGACCAGGCCUGGCCUGGCCCGGGUGUGGCCCUGUGCCCAGCUGGGUGAUACCAAAGUCAGCCCCCUCGGGCGACUGCCUGGAGAACCCCACGUGGCUGUCUAGUCUUGUAACCUUUUGGCUUCCACCCCACAGGGGUCUCCGGCAGGAGAAGAGGGUCCCCCAGCCCCUUCCUCCUGGGGGACUGAUUCCUCGCACUACUCAGACCCUUGGGCUGGAGCAGGUGCAGCUACUAGCACAUGGAGGAAACUGAGGCAGGAGCUGGGGUCCCGUCCCCUCCCCCCCAGGACUGAGAUAGUCCAGGCAGCCGGAUUUGUAGGAGGUGAGAUGGAGAGACUGAAAAGACACAAAAAAAAAAAAAAAAAAGGGAGAAAAAAAAAAACAAAAAAAGCGCGCAAAAAUCCUAUUUUUUGAGAAAGAAAGAUAUUUAUAUUUGCAGUUUUAUUUUAAAAAGUUAUUUAAGCUGAAGAAGCAGCCUUCCUGGAGUGGGGUAGAGGGGUGGCUGGCACAGGACGGGUCAGGGUCUGGGGGCUUGGGCACCCCAAGAGCCACAACCUCAGAGUGAAGACUAGCUCGCACUAAAUACAUAGAUUUACAUGGGGGGGGUGGGGGGCAGGACCAGGAGAUGGAGGGGGCUGGGGGGACCCCAUCUGCCUGUGGAUGGGGGGGUCCCAAUGCCCAGAUCCCCUGCCCCAGGCCUGGACUCGAGGUGCCUUCGACUUUGGGGGCUAGGCCUGGCAAAUGGGGGGCUGGGACAGCGCCCGCAGGGGGCACAGCACAGAGCAGACAUUCCAUAGAUUGUACUUGAGAGUCUUUAUAACGUGUGGGAGAUGACAAAAAUAAAUGAUAAAAAUGCACUUUGUGGGGGUGGGGGGAAGCUUUAAAGUAAUAAAAACAAAAAAAACAAAAAAGAGACAAAAGUUGAUGAAAAACCAGAAAAAAAAAAACCAUUUUUCUUGUACAUAAAAAC